CCUAUCUCUUCCCCUUUGGACAUCGUUUGGUUGGUCUGCUUUAAGAUCUUGUUCUCUCCCGCGGCUCCCGGUGAGCGUUCUCGAACCCUUACGCCUAAAGCCGCAUUUCCCGCAAUACUUGAACGUUAGAUAACUUAGAGAAGCAACCGCGCCGACUCUAUUAACCUUCUCAAAGACGUACGUCGGACUGCUCCAGAGUCUGAUAUAUGCCGGCGAGUACACAAUCAAGUCGUCAAUUGAUCAACGUAAUGUAUAUCAAAUCUUCCUGCCAAUCUGGGAUUGCUAGUGGCUGUAUGCUGCGGCAGCCUGCCGGGAGAGCACUUGAACUCGUGGCUAACUUGAAGUCAACUAGAAGGACGUUUUGGUACACUGCAGUGAGCCAUACCGCACUAGUUACUCUCACUACAUUGCCAUUAUCCUCCCGCAAUCUCAAUCUCACACUAGUCGAUUUGAUCAUUUUUGGCUUCAAACUAGGCGGCUAUGCAUUUGGAUGAGCUUACUUCCCAAAUGCUAAGGUAUACCAUAAAGCUAUGGAGAAUCGAGUCAAUUCACCCUGCUUCUAGGGACUUGGAUGGCCAGUCACCGGCACCCGUCACUAAAACCGACCGGGCUCGGGUAGCCUGGAUCAAUGCAAUACAGAAAUUCGACGCACUGAAUCGGGACAUGGAUACACUAUCAGCCCCCAGGCCUGUUCCAACAAGGCUAAUCAACAUCUUCACGGGACAAAUCGAAACCACCCAGAAUGAUACCACGAAACGCUAUGUCAUUGCAUCCUACCUUUGGAAUCCAGACAGAUCUUCUGACACUCCAGAACACUAUUCUGGUUUGUACAACGACAUACCCUGGGCACCCACAUUCGACGAUUGGUUCCGUCUGACUUGUCUCAUGCAUCCAAACAUCGUUCAAGCAGUUGAUGAAGAGGAAAGGGAGGUGGAUCGUUUGCAUUGUCCGUCGGAAAUACCAGCGGGGAUAUCGCGGGAAUAUCUGCGAGAAAUAUUUCUCCUUGUUGCCAGGGAAGCUUUGUUGAUGGGUCUUGAGUAUGUCUGGAUAGAUAGCAUUUGCGUCAACCAAGCGGAUCCAGAAGAUGUCGCACGUGAGAUACCCAGGAUGAGCGACUACUACAGCAACGCAGCUUGCUGUGUUGCUGUGUCCGAAGCAAUACGCCGGCGCUAUGCUACUACCAAAGGCCCUCCCCAAGAUGACACAGGAUCAGAAUCCAGAAGCGACCAAGCUUGGCGCAGGAUUAUAACUUGGAUGAAGGGAUAUCAUGCCAAACGGCUCUGGGUCUUUCAGGAGACGUACUUGUCCAGAAAAGUUGUAGUCCGCGCCAGAAACAUCCGAGUUGAUGCCAACGAAUUAGUCAAGACUAGCGACUCGGUUUCGCCCGGCUCUCGUGGCCCCCCCCAGAAUGACGAGCGACGAAUUCCCUAUUUCUCUCCCGAUAUCAGAUUGGCAUCGCCCAAUGUCACCUGAGUUCUGCUUGCAGUACUGUCGCAAGCGAGACUAUACUUGAAGAAAGUUUUAUACCGAGAAUAUGUGCAGCUCUGAUAAUGAAAUUCGUAUCCUUGGCAAGGCGCAUCGAGUCGUUGGUAUUCAAAUCGAGCCAUUCCACGAUACCCAUAGCUACAGUAUCUCUGAUGUUCUGACAUCCAUAAUGUCGAAGCCACGUCUCAAUCUUUUUUGAAGACGGUAUGACUCAUU